GCCUCGAAGCCAGCGCUGAGUGGAGCCUGUCUGCCAACAGCUUCAGCAGCGGCUCGAUCUGGAUCCUACUAUAUUCACUGACAAUUAAAGGAGGCCCCCUUUUCUUCUUAUUCCUGUGGACUAGUCUUCACCAUGGGCGACAAAAAGAGCCCUACCAGGCCAAAAAGACAAGCCAAACAGGCGGCUGACGACGGAUACUGGGACUGUAGCGUGUGCACCUUCAGGAACACAGCCGAGGCGUUUAAAUGCAGCAUCUGCGAUGUGAGGAAGGGCACAUCCACAAGGAAACCCAGGAUCAACUCCCAACUGGUGGCUCAGCAGGUGGCCCAGCAGUUCCCCAUGCCCCCGCCGGCCAAGAAGGAGCGGAGGGAAAGAGGCGAGGGGCGCUUUGACAAGGAGAGGCCCGACGGAGAAGGAGAGAGGGAGCGGCGGCCCGAGCUCGAUCGCCCCGAGACGGUGAGGCCCGAGGGAGACUCCACAGACAAAGAGUGCAGCGACAAGGAGCAGCCGAUCAAAGAGAAGCCCGACCGAGAGAAGGACAUCACCCCCGCCAUCACCAAGAAGCCUGGCAGUAAAAAGACCAGACCCAAAACAGAGCACCAGAGCCCCCCCAGCGACAAACACAGUAUACAGUCUGGGAAGUCGGUGACCAAGACCAACAAGAACGCACACAUUUGCAGGCCCAAGCUGAAGAACAUCGACCGGAGCACGGCACAGCAGCUGGCCAUCACCGUGGGCAACGUUACGGUGAUCAUUACAGACUUUAAGGAGAAGACGCGCUCCUCCUCCACCUCCUCCUCCACCAUCACCUCCAGCACCGCAUCUGAACAGCAGCACCAGAGCUCUGGCUCCGAGAGCAUGGACAAGGGCUCGUCACGCGCCUCCACGCCCAAGGGCGAUCUGUCAAUGGGGCACGAUGAGUCCUUCUGAAGCCCCGCCCCCCCCUCUGGCCCCUCCCACUCCACCUGUUUUUCUUUUACAUUUUGGACCGUAUGGAUCUCAGUGGGGAGCACAUUCACAUGCCUCUAUUCCACGACUUGUCUGGACGCAGCAAGGGUUUGUGGUUAAAGGAGAGACUAAAGGAGUAUCCCCCUUCCCCAUCCCGCAGUAGCAUCCAGACUCUUGUAUGUAUUGUUUUAUAUUUGUAUGUGGAUGUCAGGCCAAUUUUUUUGUUUUGUUUUUGUAAAGAAGAUUUCUCCGCUGGGCACAAUAACCACCACCAUUUGAACUCUUAUUAUUCCCUUAUUUAUUACCUGUUGCACCUGUAUACUUUGAUCUUCUCUUUUCCUUGACGCUUUGUUGUGUAGCGCCGCCAACCGUCCGCUCUUGAGUGUUUGACAGCGGAGAUACAGACACGCCCACACGCUCUGGUGCUAGAUACACUGUGAAAAAGCCUUGGAGACCUACGGGAGUCACGGAGUUUCAAAUGGAACGCGACGGAGCUGGUCUCACUGCUGGCACCAAAAGACACUGCCGCUGUUUGUGGAAGCCGCUCACAUAUCCACUAUCCUGUCUCUUAUCUGUACAGUGUAGGCUGUUGUGAUAACACUAACGCUCUCCAUGUCUCUGCAUUCCUCAAUCGCUCCUUCUCGGGCUGUUUUUUGGUUUCUGUUGUGACUGAGGGAUGGUUCCACGCAGUUCCACUUUGGCGAAACCCUGUUGAACUGUAAAAUAGACCGUUGUAUCCAAACUCGUGUGGAUUUCUUCUUUUAUUUGUGGUCCUCGUGACGGCUUUUGUUCUCAACAUCCCUCAAAGCAAGUGCAGACAGACAAUUCAAUCCACAUUUGUUUUCUGUGUUUUAAUUAAUUUAAGACUCCUGUCAUUGAAGGCAAAAAAAACUUGUAAUUUCUAGUUGAUAGAAUGCGACUUUUAGGGCAGCAAGGAUUAUUUAAGGAUUUUAAUUCACUUGUCAACUUAGCUGAUCCCACCUAAUUUCCUUUUACUGUAUGAAAUUGUAUAAAGAAUAAAUGUGUAUAUGAUAUCUUUUAUUUAUUGAAGGACCAAAGGUAUUUCAUAAUGACAUGAUACAUAGACAGAUGAAUAACAAUUUGAAAUGCAAUUAUCUGUGAGAUGAAUAUCCAUUUAAUAAAGACUAAUAUAAUCCAUGUAAACGGUGUUCUUAUUGUGCAUUCAUCUUUGGAGAAGGCGUCCCUGGAGGCUGUGGGUCCCCUGGUCACACUGAGACCCUAACAGAGCAAGUUCCCUAAAGUAUGCAAUGUCCUGGAGAGACAACUCCCUGCUCUAAAUUUCUAUGUAACUAAAUGUGUAAUUAAAUGUUAUAAUGGCCGAGAAUCGGUGUUUGAAGUGAGGAAAGGCGAUGGGAAGCGUUUUGGAAUUUCUACUGAAAAUCCCCCCCCCCCCCCCUUUCUAAUGCAAUCUGUGGCCACGUGAGCCAUGUGUACACCUGCCUUAUCUGCCACCACUUGACUGAGUACUCAACACUACUCCAACAGCUCUUUUAUUAAUAUUAUUGACAAAAUGGUCAUUUGCUGCGUAUAUGAAUUAAUGCUUGUAAAUAGAAUUAUUAAAGGUGCAACACUAUGAUGGCAAAAUGGCAUUUGGAGCUCAGUUCUUUUUGUUUCCUUUUCCCGCGCAAGCAGUUCUGUUCUUGUGUGCGACCAGUAACCUUAAUUUACUGUGUAAAGAUGGUUACAUUUUUUAGCUUUGUUUGUCAGAGACCCAAAUAUAGAAUGCUUGUUUACUGACUGUAUAAUCUUAACUGUGAAGUGUAUAAUACAAACUCAUUUCUUCCUAUAACAAUGUCUUGUACAAUGCUUUUCAAGUUACUGCUUGGUUAAAAAAUGACAAAAAAAAAAAGUUGUAGGGACGGUAAAAUAAUCCAUCUUUUGUUUAAUCCAGUCUUUAUUUGAUCUGUUAUUUUGAUUUUCUAGCUGAUGUGUCAUUGUUUCCCUUGUGAAAUGGUCACAUUCUGUUUCUGGGUGAAAAUGUGCAACAUUUUCUGCAGACCACAGCUCCUUGUCCUGCUUCUGAUGUUAAAAUACUACAUGUUUUGGGGCAUGUGCACGACUUUGCGCUUAUAGGCUAUCCUCAGUUUCCUCCGCUUCAACUAGAAAUGUCUAUUUAUGAAUUUUGCUUGUAGUUUUUCACAAAUAAAUCUGUCAAAGUUAUGUA